AUGGCAUCUAGUGAAUUUGAAAAAGAUGAGGAAGUAAGAGAGCUUCUGGAAAAUUAUAAAUUUAAAAAAGCUACAAUUUAUGAACCUUGUACUCUAAAGAACUUUAAAGAGUGUUUAAUCGGAUUACAUGAGGAACUUGGUCUUUUAAAUAUAAACUACAUAUUUAAUCCGUAUUUAGAUGUUGAAAAUAAUACCUUGACAACAGAAGCAUUAGUUAAACUUAUUAACUCUAUCUGGAUUUUGUUACAAAAUUUUAAAUGCACAUCAGAAAAGGCAGAGAGGUUGGUGGAGCGAAACCACAUUCUUGAAUGUAAUAACAGUCACCUAAAUGGAAUUGUAAAUAACUUAAAAGAGAAAAUAAAAUUAGAAAAAAAUGAAUCAAAAGCUUGUGUAGCUUCAGCUCAAAGAAUUUCUGAUCAGUCCAGUGAAAUACAUCAAAAGUUUCUAGAGACUCGUACUAAACUUAUACAAAUCACAAAACAAAAAGAGACUACGGAAAAAGCAUUACAGAACAAGAUAACUAAGUUGCAAUUGGAAAAUAAUAAACUGAUAGAUAAAUUAAGAAACAAAUCUGACCACCACACCCCAUGCUCAGAAAUAUGUGGAUCAACGAUCAUGCAAAUUAAAGAACGUGAGAAAAACCAACGUAAAAUAAUUUCAAAACUUCAAGCUAGUAAUCAAGACUUAUUAAGGGAAGUUCUUGCUUUGAAAGAAGAUUUAAUAUUUGAAGGACUUCAAGAUAUCCAGCUUAAAGAUAAAACAAAAUAA